CUCCAGGUUCAGCUUUACAAUGCACCGGCUCUAGAAACCAGUGUGAGCCACGGCGCGAUAAUUCUUUGCCGUCAGACGGGAAUGCAGGUCGAGUCGCGGAGUCCGCCGUCGAGUCUGCAAUUGCUGCUGAAGACGCGCGGGGAACGAUGCCUGUGCAAGGACCUAAAGGGGACUCGAGCGACGGAAAUAUUUCCGAGGCGCAGCGCGAUGAGGGCGCGUCGCAUGCCAGCGAAAGAGGCUCGACGAACUCAGCGCAGCCUUCCGCGGGAGAGGCGUUUCCGGAGGAACGGAAUAGCGGUUCGCCACUUGUGGCAGAAAGCAGUGCCAGCGCAGAGCUCGAGGACGAACUACACGCAACAAAGACCGGAACCGAGCAGGGGCAGAUUGAAGACACGGAGGGGUGUCAUUGUGGGCAAGGUCGUGGCGACGAGAAUGACGAGGAGGAAAAGACUUUCGGGGAUCGACAGGACGAGAACCCGGAAGAGGAGCAGACGGUCCGUACGUCUAGAGAGGGUGUGGAGCUCGAGUCACCGCUAGAGGAGCACGGGGAGUGCAUUGCAACCGCGGAUGUACAAAACGACUUUGGCGACGAGACAAAAAACGAAGGGGAUUUGCCUACGACAGCGUUUGAUGCCCUGGCGCCAACUUUGCUUGAGGAAGUGUCGGAUCACGAUAUCAAAGCCCUUGAGAAGAAGACGCCGGAUGGAGAGAGUGGCGCGGCAGAAGAAGGCGCACUGGUGCAGCAAGAAGGAGCGGCGUCUGCCGAUUCGCCGAAUGCCGGAGCCAGUCCGCAAUUGAAGAGGGUGCUGGUUGCCCGUGAAAGCCAAGAAACAACCGCGUCACCCGCACUGGAGCCUUCUCCAAGGGAGAAGAGUAAAACGACCUCGGCAGAGGAAAAUGAGAGCUGCAUAAACACACUUCGUGCAUCCUCUGUUUCUCGUAACGGGAGGAGGGCACAAGCGCGGCGCGGAGACCACAGGCGCGGCGUGCAUGGCGACCCGCUUUCUAGUCCUCAGCACGCCGGGGGCGACCAGAAGAAAGGCGCGACUGGCCGGUCUAACGGCGCUCCCCUACGCCGAGAUCCGGUACUGCGUGGAAGUGAGGCGAGCAAAAGGAGAUCGUGUGGCAACCAGGGAACUACGGAGGGAAGAGUUGCUCCCGGUGUGGAGCGUUCUUGCGAAGUUGAAAAGCCAAGGACUGCGCAAAACGGAGACACGAGCGACAAGAAGGCGGGAGCUUUCUCUGACAGAGCGCACCAUCAAAAAAAUCGCCGCGGUUACGCUACCCGUGGUGACGCGUCAAAAAGCGAUCGCGCUGUUAGGUCGCCUCGUCGAGAGCAUCCACCAACCGCAAGAGAACGACCCUCAAGCAAGACGAUCGGGAAGAGCAGUAAGAAGCGUGACCGGGAAGGGGAACCCCCCUCAGCGCCUGAUAGGUCUCGAUCCCGCACAAGGACACGAGGACGGAGCGUGCUGCAAGGAGCAAAUCGGAGCUGUCGAGGCAAUAUAGCUGCGGGCUCUCAUGCGCAGAGCGAAGUCGCAGUUGGGGCGCCUCCAACCUCAGCAAAGGUGUCGGGCGCGUUUCCCCGUGGUGAUGAAGCCCCACGAAAGGGAAAGCACGUCAUUACUAGGGCUCGAUCUUCCGCGAGCCGUUCGCCGGCGGCGCGCACGCAGGGCUCGUCGGGCCCGAAGCAAGAAGGCUCGCCUGCAACCAGACUAGAACAUGAUGUUCAUCAAGCACAAGAGAAAAGUGCACAGGCGCAACUUGAAUGCGAAGGCAGUCGGAAGCUAGUAGAGGAUGUUGGCGCGUGCGAAGGCGACGCGGAGUCCGGCGGCGCCAACGACGGGGAAAGUAGUUUCUCGGAUGCGAAGAGGAAGAAUAGAUUUGGAACAACAAGCCGCAAGAGAAUGCGACAAGGGGAGGACGAUAGCGCGGGAAACCGGUUCGAUAACCUGCGUUUCUUGAAGAAGCGGAGAGUGUCUCCGCCUGUGGUCGUGAGCAGUCGUAACAUAAAGGCGAGGGGAUUAACCAAAGCACCUUCAUCAUCCACUCCGGCGAAGACCACAAGGACCGCUGAACGUGAUACCACAAGAGCAGGAACGGUUGAGAAGCUGCUGCAGACGGAGGACAAGAAGGAGAAUCUCGGCACUACGAAGCAACGCCCACGUGAAAAGAAGAGAUCCAUGUCCCUGUGCGACCUGUCACCAUCAUCCGAUUCACAGGUAACUUAUGAAAAGUCAACGCGAAUGGGAACACAAUAAUAUGAAAUUCCAUUUAUCAUGUGAUUCAAUUUGAAUUUCGCACUACUCUCGGCGGGCGCGGGCAAGGUAUGGUGGCCACGAAUUUAUUAUUAUGUACGACUAGGCUGCUAGGAGUACCAGUGCUCGAGCAUAUUCUUCAGUUUUGUCCACGAUCAACAUUCCAAAACCACCAGGGGGAUUCCAAGAGAGCAACUGCGGGCCCGUCAAAAGAAUGCAGCGGAGCUGCGACCAGCAAAGCGUGCGCACCCCAGUGCACGCCGCGGAAGUCAAGAAAUAUACCAGUCAUAAAAGGGGGACGAGUGGAGUCGACUAUUCCUCUUCGAGCACCCGAGGAAACUCAAAUAGCGUCAACAGCAACACUGUACAUCUUUCUCUUCACUUUCUGCUGUUGAAAAACUAUAUUAAUCUUUUGUAAGUAAGAUGCUGAAGCAAAGAAGGACUAUUAUCCAAGAAGUUUUCGCGAAUUCAAUUGAGCUUGCUUGUGAUAACCUUGUUCCUCUACGAAAUGGUGCCAUUCGGGGGAGCAAUGCCAGUCGAAUGGCUUGGACCACAUGUACGACCUUCUAGUGAAGCAAAGAUUGAGAUUCCCCCAUUUUCGCCAAAAUUCUUGCUAAGGUACAACAAAAACCUGGAAGGAGUCGGGACGUUGAUACAGCCUCCGCCAGGCAUAACGAUGCCCGUGAAACCACAAGAAAAGGACGCCAAGAGGAGUACCAAGCAGGCGUCGACCAGGGAUAUAGCAAGGUUAGAAUUAUGCCUGUAAAGAAACUGGCGUGGCAUUCUUCUCAUCAUCGUGGUGUCACUUCACUAGUAAAAGAUCAUGAGUGUGUCAUGAUACCAUAGUGGGCUGCUUAAAUAUUUUAAUCAAAAUGAAUAUUCUCAGGUAUGAGCUGAUGUGUGCGACAGGUUGCAAUGAGGAGCAACCAUAUGGCUAUUUUUGGAUCCCGACAACAAAAGAGUAUGUCAAGUUAAGGCUGGGGGUUAAAAUGUAACCUUAACCUUAAAUGGAGAAGAGAAGAUACUUGUUAGGUACUAAUAAAUUUACCUAUGUGUGCUUAUGCACAACCAAGACUGAUUUGUUUUGCUAUAAUUGCGAACUGUAGAUAUUAGAGUUAGACAGUCCCAAAAAUGUCCGCUGUAAAGCAGACAGACCCAUCCGGCAAGCAGGUAAAUUUUCUCGUCAUUUUAGCGGAGGGACCUCCUCAAUAAGAAUUAGAAUUGAUAAACUAUUAUAUAAAUAUAAAGUGUCCUCUUCUAAGAAACCUGGAUAUGAGGACGAUGCUCCCGGCUGCAAAGGCGAAGAUUCUCUCGGAUCUGACGGAUGAAGUUCCAGAUCAUCAGAAGCACAUCGAUGUGAAUGAUUUGUAG